AUGGCCUCGGAUACUCCAAACAAAGUUUCGGGCGGAUGUUUGUGUGGUGCUAUUCACUACGACAUUCUGUUCAAGGAUGAAGGCAGUUGGCCUCCAAUGGUCGCCACCUGCCAAUGUAAUAUGUGUCGGAAAUGGACUGGCUCCCUCGUCUCAACCAAUCUUAUCGUUAAGAAAGCACAGGUAUCACCUGCAUGGCCCAGCUUUACAACCCUCAAGGAGUAUCAGUCCAGCCCUAGCUCUAAGCGAGCUUUUUGCUCUGGGUGUGGAAGCGGUAUCGCGUGGUUCAGCGAUGAUAUGCCUGACGAGGUUGUCGUAUUCGUGGGCACUCUCGAUGAAGAAUACUUGAUGGGCAAAGUGAUCGAGGAAACAGCCAGAGAAACCGAGCAUGGUAAGGAGUUCGAGAGAGCUCCUGCAUACGGGAGAAUCCUCGCAGAUUCAUCAUCGGCGGGAAACCUUUACUGGCAGAACGCUGUUGUUGGCAUAACUGACAACCUGCCUGGACCGAAAUUCCUGCAGCACUUCUUCGACAAGGUCCCCCUAUCAGAAUCGGUGGAAUAG